AUGGCUUUCAAUGCGUUUGAUCUCUUGGAAGGUGUACCCGAAUUCGAUGGGAGAACAGAGGAUUUGGAAAUGUUUACGAAACAUGUUGAGGAGAUUCGUAAAUUUGUUGAUGCAUCUCUACUUGUUUUAUUUGAUUUAAGAAACAAUAAUAGAUUCAUUUCUAAUAAUGAUAAUAAUUUUCGCCAAGGCAACAAUAACCCAAUUAAUUUUUCAAAUCAAUAUCGGACAUUUAACUGCAAUGAUAAUUUUCAAAGUUCACGACAAGCACAAAAUAACGCAGGAAAUUUUCAAAAUCAUGGAAUAUCGCAUAAUUUUAAUGAUAAUAAUAAUAAUAAUAUCAAUAGUGGCAAUAACCCUGUGAACUUUGACACAGUUAGGUCUCAACAAUCUAGUGUUAAUAGUUCAAAUAGAAUGGACGUUAGCAAUAUUCAGGCUUCAAAUUUUCAAUUACAGGCCGAAGAGCUUUACCCUGUAUAA